CUUUUCCAGCCACGAUGGUAACAAACGAAGCACAAACCUCAAUGCCUCCACGGGUAGAACGAAUUGAUACCUCGCCGAGGGAACAAUGCAAAGCUAGCCAAACUCGCAUUGAGUUGACACCGAAUGUUGAGACACGGUCAAUUUUUGUCCCAGCAAUAUCAACAGAAGAGGCCAUGACCAAUAUGGCCAACCCAUACGAGGAAGUUAGGGAAGUAGGGGACGAUGCGCGGAUAUCCACUACGCAUGAACAACACCACGAAAUCUCAUGGACGUCCUGUAUUAUUCACUCUUGCGAGACCCAUCUCGCCGAAAAGAUCAAGCACAACGCCUUCCCCAGAAGGCAAUCCAAUAACGUUCUCGCAAACCCAUAUCUCAAAAGCGAACUACAAUAUUGGUCACCCCAAACCAGCACCUGCCAACAUGAACACAUAAUUCUGGCACCAGACGUACGAGAAAAAUGUCUUCGGUCCCCAUUUGAGUAUCGCAGUUGUCAGGAUGUGCACUGUGAGAUCCACAAAGAAGGGAAAGUUCGUGACUGGCACAAGACACAGGAGGAUACGCGAAGACGCGAAGAACUACGUAUCAAAGAACGAAGCGUAUACAUCCGACGCAUGCGAAGCUUGCAGUUGGUGAGGCAUCAAGGGCUCGCCCAGGGCAAAACCUACGAAAGUUAG